AUGUACCUGAUUGAAAUAUUCAUUGACAAAGUGACGAUUUUCGCAUCCGACGAGAACGAGCAGAGCGGUGCGAAAAAAAGUCUCAUUGUGAAAAUAAAAUUUGGCCCCAGAGUUCAAUUCAUUAUUAAGGAAGGCCAGUUAGCUGUAAACGAAGCAACUAAAGAUGAUAUGAUAGAAUGUGAUGCCCAGGGCCGAAGAAAAUGGAGUAGAACUAUCAGAGUUGGUAAAUCGUACCUAUUUCCGUCAUACCCGGACACAGUUCUCAUGAUACUAAGUAAGUUUCCACUAGAAAUAGAAGUCUGGAAUGACGAUGAAAAUGAAGACAACAUAUUUGUUGGUAUUGGUACUAUGCACUGGGAUACUCAAUUUUUCCAUAUGCUAAAAGAAUCUUCGGAGGCUUGCAAAUUACAUGAACCGCUUAGUAUAAAACAAGUUACACCCAUAUUUGCAGAGUGUUGUUGUAGACAAGUCGGCGACGUUUCAUUUAUACUCAGGUUAAGCGCUCUGGGUGAAACAAUCAUCACAGAAUUUCAGCAGCUCAUGAAAGAUCCAGAUUCUUUUGUUUUUAGAACUGAUAAAGCCCCAAGUAUGUUUCAAUGCAAAAGAGUGGAAGGUGACGAUCCAAACUUUUGUAUGGUGGGUAGCCUAUAUGAAACGACCACAUUAGAAGAUCCGGAUAUAGUAAAUGUUGCUAAUCAAAAGAUAGAAGUUUGUACAGAACUUCAAAGUUGUGGAGCUGGACAGAGAGAUACAAACUACAAAUGUCAACAUGAUGAUGAUGAAAAUAAGGAUAAGGAUAAAAAGAAGUAUCCCAUUGAUAAGAUACGCAUGGGUGAUAUAGUUGGUCCUUGUGGAAACGCUAACUGUGCUCUUGCUCAUAGAGUAAGGACAUAUAUUAGAAAUUUAGAAGCAUAUAAGAAAGAAGCUGUAGGAAAAAUGUUUCAACCUAAACCCGAGGGAUCUAGAAAAAUAUGUGGUACUUGUGACUGCAAAGACGAUAAGUGGCACAGAGAUACUUGUCCAGAAAUGGAACAACGCGAGAAAGUGGUAUGCUCAGAUUGUGGUGGUGUUACACCAGCAGGUGAAACAUGUGAGGAUAGGAAUCAAAAACUUUAUGGCACAGGUGUUACUCCGAAAGGAAGUAAGACGACCAUAGCUUAUGUUUUUAGCGUAACUAAAGUUCCAGAUUUUAAGGAGUCUAUGUAUGGGAAAAAUUUUGUAGUUGAAAACUGUAUAACCAAUUAUAAGUUUCAGUCAGAAGGCUCGACAAGUCAAUCUAUUAAACCAAGUGGCGGUUGCUGUUGUCGGAGUAGUAGGCAACCAGAGGACAGAACACAUUCUGGUCAGGUGGUUACUGUAGCAAGUAUGCCUACUUUUAAGUUAGAUACGAAAGGGUAUAUUUCUAGUGUAGGUGUAAAUACAACUAACGUUUAUAAUGCCGAAGUGAAAGAACAAGGUCGCAAGAUAGCUGCUUACAACUUUUGUACAGAUAUACCAGACGAUAAAGACUGUAAAUGCAGCCCCCCAAAACCAUCACCUCCCUGUAAAACAUUUGACUGUGACUGUAUAGCCGAAGCCGGAAAUAUAUCUGCUAGAAAGCAUCAUAAACCUUACUGUCCUUCUUAUAAACACAAAGAUAAUUGCCCUGUAAACAUAAUUAACGAAGAUGAAGACACGAAGAAACUUGAUGAUGAAGAAGACGUGGCAGAACCCUUACCAUACGGCUUACCACCAAUCAAACUUGGCCCAUGCCCUAUUUUGGGUAAGCCAUGUACUUAUCCCGACGGUUUCGCUAGGAUGUAUAAAGUAGGUGCCCAGCCAGUAGCCCCGCCUAGUUAUAGCGACGCAGGAAAAGUGUGUUGUUCGAAAGAAUAUGACAGGAUAAGGAAGGCCAUCAAAGAAUACAUGAAGUAUGAAAAAGAUCAUGAUUAUCGUUGCAUCAACCAAUUUAAUGUUGACACAGAGAGAAGGUGUUGCGAUAAGGAGCAAAGACUAAUGGCUCUUACUGGUAAAGGAUGCUGCGGUUCACACAAAUUGGCAAUACAAGACAAAUUCAAGGAAGAUAAGUAG